AUGUCCAUGUACUACCGCACCAUCCUCCUCGACUCCAGCUGGUGGCCGCUGACCGAGUUUGGCAUUAACGUGGCCAUGUUCCUUCUGUACAUGUCUGCCGGCAUCGUGUACGUCAACGACGUCAACCGAGGGGGACUCUGCUAUUACCAGCUGUUCAAGACGCCGAUGAAUGCGUCUUUCUGCCGUGUGGAAGGAGGUCAGACAGCAGCCAUCAUCUUCCUGUUUGUCACGGUGGUCAUCUACCUGAUUAGUGCCUUGGUUUCUCUGAAGCUGUGGAGGCACGAAGCAGCCAGGAGGCAGAAGGAGCAGAUGGAACGAGAGAAUGUCUUUGUUUUUUCUUUUCAGGUGAUCACUGGAGGCCAUUAUGAUGUUGACUGUCGAUUGGAAGAUCCCGAUGGCACUGUACUGUACAAAGAGAUGAAGAAACAAUAUGAUAGCUUCACAUUUACUGCAUCCAGGAAUGGAACAUACAAAUUCUGCUUCAGCAACGAAUUCUCUACAUUCACACACAAAACUGUGUACUUUGAUUUCCAGGUUGGAGAAGAUCCACCACUGUUUCCUAGUGAAAACAGAGUAACUGCACUUACCCAGAUGGAGUCUGCCUGUGUUUCAAUUCAUGAAGCUUUGAAGUCUGUGAUCGAUUAUCAGACUCACUUUCGACUGAGAGAAGCGCAAGGCCGCAGCAGAGCCGAGGAUUUAAACACACGAGUCGCUUAUUGGUCAAUAGGGGAAGCAAUCAUUCUUCUUGUUGUUAGUAUCGGGCAGGUAUUUCUCCUCAAAAGCUUCUUCUCGGAUAAAAGAACCACAGCAACCCGUGUUGGAUCAUAACUGGUAGUGAUAAUGCAUCAGGUCAUUACGCACUAUUAAUCUGUAAAGUUAUUCUCCGAUUAAUUCUAGGUACAAAGGAUCUAAAUAUGUGCAGCAUUCAAGUGUGUCUACCCAUCAUCUAUUAGAAUCACAAAACAGGCACAAAAAGUUGUAGAAGGGACACAUGAUGACAUUCAGAAAAAAAAAAAACACUUCUGCUUUCUGAUUCCUCUAUUAAACAUUUGCAAUGACCAGCCUAUCUGUCUUUUACUUACUUUAAUCCAAAUUGAGUUUGUUUUUUUUUUUUUACUAGGGAAUUUAUCUGCAGUAUAAAACUUCGUAAGAACCAAGCAAUCAAAUGUCAGAUAUGAAGAAGCAAUGCAUAUAAAAAGUGUGGUUUGAUUAUAAUUUCCAGGCUGAGUGGAUUGCAUUAUAAACAAGCAAACGUGAUGAACUGUAAUGCUGUUUUGAUUUGCUGU